CGGACAGACUCAGUCCGCUGCUGUUGGCUGGCACACGAAAGGAUGCGGAAAAGUGAAAAGGAAACGCUUCGUCGGUUGUUGGUUGGUUGAUCCUCUGCUCCUUGCUCCUCUCAUACGUUUGUCAUAGCCAUGGUCAUGGGUAUAGAGAAGCAGUUUGGUAGGCAGCAGCAAAGCCAACAGACCGUCCUUUGGUGACAGUUCUUCUGUGGGCUGCUCGUUAGUGGAUUUAGUCGUCGAGUCGCGUGCUAGCGAGUCAAUUCGGAUACGCGUCCUUAAGCACAGUGGCUGCCUGGCUGGCAGGUGUGUGUGGCGAUAGGUGUAGUGUUGUGUGGUGUGGUGUGUAGCCAACCAAAAGAAGUCAGAAGUCAAACCACCCCCUCUCACUCCAGUCGGACAACGGAGUUCCCGUGUGUUGUGCAAGGAUCAGGCCGAAGAAUACAUAUGAGGCGUGUUGAAGUGGCAGUGUUAUAAUUCAUUUAGCACAGGUGAAGAAGCAAAUAAGGCAGCUCUACUACUUUCCAGGCAGCAGCGCAAGAAGAAAAAAGGAUACACGGAAAUAAGGGAAAUUUAUUAUCGCCAAUGUAGUUUUCCCAUCAGUGAGACUCCCCACCCUUUCCAGAAGAGUUUGCCAGCAGCAGCAGUCGUCGGUGACGAAAAUGCCGUGCUCCCUCUUGCUGGAUUGCGACUACGGCCGAACCGAAAGCAGCAGAACUUGGGGGCUCAACGGUGUAAGAAUUUGCAUAUGACCUAAUUAAGGGGGGAGGGCGCUUGUGUCUCGUAUGGUAAUCCUUAAGAGUAGCAGAAGACAACUCACUGUAGCCAGGACCGCAGUGUAUCAGUUAACAAAAUCGACCAACAUUGGUGGGUUCCACAUAACAAUGAUUCCAUGGAUGAGGGAAAAGAUUGCCGAAAAGAAGGCUCGCUGGCAGCAAUCUAGGAAGCAGCAACGGGACACAGCUAGUUCUGCUGCUACAGGCGGUGGCGAUUCGUCAACGGCAGGUGAAGGCUCGUCAAGCGGAUCAACACCCAAUGCAUCAGCAUCUGCCUCGCCAGCAUCUGGUUCCAGCACUCAUCGAGCCAGUCCCGGAAGUCGAAGCUUUCGAUUCUCAUCUGGCAGCAGUAACAGUAGAAACCAAUCACAGCAGGCCAUUGCUUCGCCGAGUUCUGUUCGCUCUAGGACCGGCAGCACCACUGGAAUACGCAAUGGCAAAGCUAGCAAAACCGGAUCCGGCAGCGGCAGCAACCAACCGCCGGCUUCCUCCUCUUCAUCACGAUCCAGCGCCGCCGACGCCUUCUCCACACCGCCAACCAAUUCCGUUGACGCUUUCUCGCUUCGAAUCGUCAACCCUCGAGGUGGGCUGGUGUGCGUUGAGGUGACGCGGGACUGCACCGGUGCAAGAUUGAAAACCUGUGCCCUGGAACGGUUCGCCAGUUGCUCAUUCUCGCUACCUCAUUUCUCGUCGGACAUCGAACAGCUGGCGGGGAAGUACAAACUGAUUCGAUCCCGCAACCGCACGGUCCUGCUGGAUGGAGACACGCUGGACAAACUGGGCGUCGAAGCAGAGGAGGAGUUCCUGCUGGUGGUGAAGCGAACCGAUUUCAUACCGGCCGAGGAGGGUAUCCGAGGGCCGUCGAUAGCCGAGGUGCUAGCGGCCACCAAACACAUUCCACUGUCCCGCACCAGCCAGCCCAACUCUACAAGCUUCAACAUCGGUAUGCUCCAGACGGAUCUCCAGCAGGAUCUGCGCCGCAUACUGAUCUCUCUAGCCCGUGCUUCUGCCUUCGUGAUAGGAUCGGGCCCUUGUGCUGAAAAGUUGGUGCUGCUCUUCAAUCAAAGGCUGACCAUCCGACGCCGGCAUCAGGCUCGAUCCAUCGAAACGCUUUUGGAGAUGGGUUUCUCGUUGGACAAAAUACACCAGGCGCUAGAACUUACGAGAAACAACUUCCCUGCAACGCUGGACUGGCUGAUACAAAACGACAGUUCGGCCAAGCUUUUAAACUGUGAUACCCUUUCCUGUCUUCAGUCGACUCCGUCGAUAGCAACGAACGCCACGCAGGACGAUCCUACGCAGGCUCCAUCGUCGUCACACGGUGGCACCACCAGUGGUGGUCGCACGGUACCCAACUCACCCGUCAAGGCUGAUCCAACCGGCGACGAGCACCAAGAAAAUUUCACCUCUAGCUCUUCCCCAGUGGCCACGACCAGUUCACCACCGGAAGUAACGACGGAUGCGCAUCACCAAGGAGAAGUAGUAAUUUUAGACGAGGAUUCGCAAUUCGUUGAUCGAAUGCAGUCGGUGGAGACUCUGUUGGAUAUCAUCCGACAGUACGCCGAUCGUGACGUGUACCCCGUUCAGGAACUGGUCAACUCGAUCAUGGAGAUGGGUUUCGACGAAAGGAGCGUUCGUGAUGCGCUGAUGGCCACCAGGAACAAUCAGGCGGCUGCUUGCGAGUGGCUUCUCGGAAAUCGGAGUAAAAGUCUGACUGAGCUGCGCGAUGGUCUGUCGCCAGAUUCUCCAAUUCUGCAGGUUCUAUUAGCUUCGCCCCAAGUACAAAUUAGUUUAGGCAAUCCAAAAAUGUUUAUAGCUCUACUAUCAAUGCUGGACAACUCCUCAACCAUGACGAUGUGGCUCAGCGACAACGACACGUCUUCGGUGCUGGGACACAUUCUGAGGACGUACCAUGAAGAGAAACACAUCGUGGCAAUCAAUCAAUUCAACAACAGUAGUGCACAAAGCAACGCAAACAAUUCUACCAACUAGUCAUUAUAGGGUUUUACUGUUAGAAUCUAGACUUCUCUUUCCACAAAACUCACUUCUACCAGUGCAAGAAUGAAGCUUGAACGUUAUCUUGCUGGGAAAGAAACAGCGGGAGCACAGUUAGGAAACUUAUGACAAAUAUUGUUCCUGGAUCAAUUAGCGAAUAGCAGAUACAAAAAACCAAAUUUAGCGGAUUUUAAGAAAUGUUACGAAGUAUGUGAGCGUAAUCAAAUUUGUUGGUGAUUUGAACGAGAAUAAAAUUACAAAUACAGCAUUUGCCGCUUAACGAAAAACGCUUCAUACUAUGCAUCGGUAGAUAAAUUUCUUCAUAAUGUUCAAUUCAGUAGAAGCUUUGCUGGUAAUAACUUUGCUCACACUACUUACUUACUUUUCGAAUCAAUUUCUACACACGCUCUUCUGAUAUUCGAUACGAAGCCGAUAUGCACUAUUAAUAUAAUCAUUGCUUUGUAUUCUAAGUUCGAGUGCCGUUAAAGUAACUAUACCUUAGGAAGAGAUUCAUAAUACGAAAUAGAAUGCUCACAUGCCAUUUGUUGCAUCGUUAAAACGCAGACAUAGACACACACACCAGUGCCAAUUAAUCGAAAACGUGUUACAAAACAUUCCAAAGUACCGGAUUCAAAAACAAAGAGGUAACUAAAAUAUGAAGCAAACAAAAACACAAAAACAAACAACACUGUCGCUUUGUAGCAGCACGCGCAUAUUCGUAAUACGGAAAAAAAUUCUAAUAUAAGCUGAGGAUACUGAGGACGAAUUUUAGACAGAGGCAUCGUUGUGAUGUAACAAUCAUUCGAGGUGUAAAAUGUGUAGGCACGUGUCGAUGUUUGAUCUCAUGAUAUUGGUUUGUAGAACGAUUUCGAAACAGUUGACCUUUUGUUUACCUGGCUAAAAAAACGGAUUUAUUCCCCUCAAUUUAGUUAAUCGAUUUAGUCAUAUUUUGUUUUGGAGUUUUUGAAGUAACUAAAGUUAGGUACUUAUGUAGGUAUAUCCUUCCCUUUUUUCACUGGCAUAAUUUCUGUCAUACAGAUAACUUUUUGUAAAACAUCAACAAAUUGAAUUUUUUUUUGAACGACGCACUCCUACUAAUCGUAUCAUAGAUUUUAGAACCAUCAACACAGCUGAAGUACAUUUUUAUGAAUCUUGUCAUGUGAUAUCGCAAGCUGGAAUUAGUGGAUGAAGUUAAGGCAAAUUCAAAUACAUACAGCCACGUUUAUUUGAAUAAUAAAUA